AUGCACCCCGAGUCCUCAAAGCCGCCGGCGGAUGGAGCGGCGGAACCCACUCUGGAGGAGUCGGCGGGCGAUCAUGGCGACGUGGGCCCAGGGGUCCGCAAAGAAGAAAUUAAUGAGACCAAGGAAACGUGUGUGGAUCCUUCCACAGCAUCCUGCCAAAGUCAGCAGCAACAGAGUGGCGACAGCCAGAGUGGCGACAGCCAGAGUGGCGACAGUGGCUCAGAUGGUCACUUAGCCAACUCAAGAAAUGACAAGGAUGAUCGGGGCCCCAGGAUGACUAAACAGUUCCUUCAAAAGCUCUGCAAGCAGCACAAGCUGUACAUCACCCCUGCCCUGAAUGACACGCUGUAUUUACACUUCAAGGGGUUUGACCGCAUUGAGAACCUCGAAGAGUACACAGGCCUUCGCUGCCUCUGGCUGGAGUGCAAUGGCAUCCAGAGGAUCGAGAACCUGCAGGCCCAGAGCGAGCUGCGCUGCCUCUUCUUGCAAGUGAACCUGUUGCACAAGAUCGAGAACCUGGAGCCGCUCCAGAAGCUGGACGCCCUCAACCUGAGCAACAACUACAUCAAGACCAUUGAGAACCUCUCCUGCCUCCCUGUCCUGAACACACUGCAGAUAGCCCACAACCGCCUGGAGACCGUGGCAGACAUUCAGCACCUCAGUGAGUGUCUGCGACUCUGUGUCCUCGACCUCUCCAACAACAUGCUGAGUGACCCGGAGAUCUUGAGCGUGCUUGAGAGCAUGCCGUGUCUGCGUGUGCUGAACCUGAUGGGAAACCCAGUGACCAAAAAUAUCCCUAACUACCGCAGGACAGUCACUGUUCGUCUGAAGAACUUGACUUACCUGGAUGACAGGCCGGUUUUCCCCAAGGACAGGGCAUGUGCAGAGGCAUGGGCCCGAGGGGGCUAUGCAGCUGAGAAGGAGGAGCGGCGCCAGUGGGAGAGCAGGGAACACAAGAAGAUCACAGACAGCCUGGACGCUUUGGCCAUGAUCAAGCGGCGGGCUGAGGAGCGGAAGAAGGCCAGAAACAGAGGGCAGACACCCCUGCCAGACAGUGAGGAGAGUACCCCCACCAGCCCAGAGCCUCAGGAAGAGCCACCCACGGAAGAAACCCAGCAGAAGAUGGAGCUGUUUGUGAAGGAGAGCUUUGAGGCCAAAGACGAACUGUUUCCAGAGAAGCCAAGCGGAGAGAAGGAGCCGGCUGUGGUGGUGAACGGAGCAGUGGAAGAACCAGACCUUCCUGGGAGUCUGGCUCAGACCCAGACAUCCCUGGUGGCCAGUCCUGAUGAGUCCACGUCUCCAGUGACCUCUGCUGAUGGGGCCAGAACUGAAGACACAGACGCCAUUGCCGUGGAGACCAAGGAGAGGCUUUUCAUUGAUGACCUGCCCGACUUGGAAGAUGUUGAUGACAGUGACGCGUUUAUGGAGGACCAGACAAAGGAAACGGGCAUCCCAAAAAUCCAGGUGGUUUCCAGCUUGAGUGAGGACAGUGACCUUGAACUGGACGACUCUUCCCUCCUGGUGUUGGAAGGCACUCCCAUAGGCUCCACAGGCCUCUCAAACAUAUUUGCCAUCUCCAAGGACCCCUCAAAGGUGGCCAGGGUGCCUUUUGCAGACAUAUGUAAGCCAACAGCAACAGAACUGGAAACCCAAGGUCAAAUCUCCAGCGCCACCUCUCCACAACCCCUCAUCCAGGAGCUGGAAGAUGAGCAGGGAGAGGAUGAAUCAAACCAGCCCCUGCCACCGCAAACAUGGGCAAGUAAAGCGGCACCUGCCCAGUCCAGUGAAGCCGGAGACAGCCAGCUGCCUGCAGCCAUCCUGCUAGGAGACAGAGCGGAGGAUGAAGCACAGUCUUUGUUGGACCUGGAGGAGCCCAGCAUCAGGGCAAGACUGGAAGACAUAGAGUUUGGCUUGGACUGAACCCCAAGGCAGUCUACACUGUUAGGCUAGCAGUGAAGUGGACGCAGGGCACCCUUUCCUGUGUGUUACUGCUGGUGCACUUUGGGACCCUGCACGGCAUCUGUUCUGCAGCCACAUCUGUGUGCCUUGUACCCAGUGCA